AUGCCUUCAAUUCUAGCAGAUCCCAUCAAGCUACCAUGCGGUCUCGUCCUUCCGAACCGCCUCUCCAAGGCCGCAAUGGCCGAGCAAAUGGCGAAAACCAACACCCCUAAUGAAACUCUCAAUUCCGCCUAUGAGCAAUGGUCUCGCGGUGGCUGGGGCAGCAUCCUAACCGGCAACGUCCAAGUCGACGUAACCCACCUGGGCAGCCCCUAUGAUCCAGCCCUCCACGGCGAAUACAAGGGCCCAUCUGACUCUGCCCUCGUCGCAGAGUGGAAGAAAUACGCCGACGCAUGCCAGAAGCAUGGAACACCCGCAAUCGUCCAAAUCUGCCAUCCUGGACGCCAGUCUUUCCGCCCUGCUGGUCGACGCGGCAUCUUCGGACAGACUGUUGCUCCUAGCGCUGUGCCAAUUAACAUUGGCAAUAGUAUCCUUGAGCGCGUCAUUGCAUGCUUGGCAUGGUCUCAGCCGCGCGAAAUGAGCACCAGCGAUAUCGAGAAGGCGAUUCGUUCAUUUGUUGAUACAGCCCGUUUGAUGGCUGAUGCUGGGUUCUCGGGCGUUGAAUUUCACGGUGCUCACGGAUAUCUUAUGGAUCAAUUCCUCAACCCAAAGACCAAUCUUCGAACAGACGAUUACGGUGGCACACCCGCCAAACGCGCGAGGUUUAUCCUCGAGGUCCUGCGUCAAACCCGCGCUGUCGUCCCUAAGGACUUUGCAAUCGGUAUCAAAUUGAACUCGGCCGACCACUCUUCAUCAUCCUUUGAAGACACAAUGACGCAAAUUUCCCUCCUCGUUGAGGCCGGGAUCGAUUUCAUGGAAAUCUCUGGCGGGUCGUACGAAGACCCUCGAAUGAUGGGAUAUCCCGCGUCCAAGUCUCAGGCUCCUAAAUCCGAACGCACCGCAGCUAGAGAAGCCUUCUUCCUUGAAUUUGCUCACGAAGUCAGGAAGAGGCAUCCGGAUCUCGUGUUGAUGCUGACGGGUGGGUUCAGGAGUCGGGCUGGGGCUGAGGCGGCGGUUAAGGAUGGGGCUUGUGAUCUUGUAGGUAUCGGGAGACCGAGUGCGGUUGACCCAGGCUUUGCAGGCAGAUUGUUGGAUGAGGGUGUCAAGGACGAGGAUGCGGUACUUUUGUUGGAAAAGGUUCCUACGCCUUGGUUCUUGGGGUGGUUGCCGAGAAAUCUGAUCGGAGCGGGAGCUGAGAGUACUUAUUAUGCAGGCCAGAUCACUCGGCUGGCAAAGGGGUUGGCUACUGUUGCACCGGCUCUUUGA